UAUUAAUUAAUUAUUUUUUGUUUUUUGAAUAUUUUAUCAUUUUUGUUAUAUGAUUUAAGUUUAUUUUAUUUAUUUACAUAUAUUUAAUUGAUUAAUUUAAAACUUUUAAAGCAAUAAAAUGUGAAGUAGGAAAUAACAUAUAACACAAUGGAAAAUAAAACAGAUAUUCUUAAUAAUCAAAGUGAAGACAAUGAGACUCAAUAUAUUAAUAGUGAAAGAUACAAUGAUACCAAUGAAAGACAACAUUUUUUGCUUCCUAAUACAUAUUCACAUUCGCCAAAAAUACCAAUAGAAUAUAUUAAAGGAACAAAUAUAAAACGAUACAAUCCAGCUUUAAGAAAUCUUAUACCAAUACGUCGCAAAAAUAAAAACAAGGAAUGUAUGCCAGCAGAUAAUGCUGGUUUGUUUUCAUAUAUUUUUUAUACAUGGUUAACACCAUAUAUAUGGAAAGCAUACAAAAAUGGUAUUGACUUUACGAAUAUUCCAUAUAUUUCUACUUAUGAAAGUUCUAAAUAUAAUACUCAUAGAUUAGAAAUACUUUGGCAAGAAGAAUUAAAUAAACAUGGUUCAUAUUUAGCAUCAUUUCCAAAUGUAGCUUGGAAAUUUGUGAGAACAAGAAUAUGUAUAGCUGGAUUUUUAUUAAGUUGUUCUACAAUUUGUGGAUUUAUUAGUUCUAUGAUAUUAAUGAAAAAAGUACUAGAAUAUAUUCAAUCACCAGAAGAAAAUAUAUGGAUAGGUAUAAAAUGGGCACUGUUAUUAACAUGUUGUGAUUUUUUGCGAUUAAUAUUUUUUAACUGGACUUGGAAUACUAAUAUUAGAACAGCACUAAGAUUAAAGAGUGCUUGUACAACUCUUUUAUAUAAAAAAAUUAUUAGACUGAAUAAUCUUGGAAAUAAAAGUACAGGAGAAAUGAUUAAUUUAUUUACAAAUGAUAGUCAAAGACUUUUUGAUGUUGUCAUUUAUGGACCUAUGAUAUUUAGUGGUCCAAUAAUUAUUAUUUGUGGUAUAAUUUAUAUACUUUGGGUAUUUAGUCCAAUAGCUCUUUAUGGAAUAUUUACUUUUCUUGUAUUUUAUCCUUGCCAGUAUCUUCUAUCCCGUGCAGUUGGAUAUUUUCGUUCGAAGACAGUUAUUAUUACAGAUACACGUGUAAAAUUAAUGAAUGAAAUCUUAGAAUGUAUAAAAUUAAUUAAAAUGUAUUCAUGGGAGAAAUAUUUUAGUCAUAAACUCCUUGAUAUACGAAAGAAAGAGGAAUAUUGGUUGCAUAAAACUGUAUAUUUCCAAAGUCUUGCUAUUUCUUUAACACCAGCUAUACCUGCAAUAUCUGCAAUUGUUACAUUUCUAGCACAUUUAUCUUCAGGCAGUAAUUUAAUUGCUUCUCAGGCUUUUCCAAUUACAACAUUUUUCGGAAAUAUGUUGAGAAUGGCACUCUCUUCCCUUAAGGAUUCUACACGACAUUUUAUCGACGCUCAUAUUGCUCUUAGAAGAAUUAAGGUAUUUCCUUUUGUAACAUUGCUCAAUUCUCAAUUUCGUUCUUCAUUUUUAUUUCUACAAGUGGCAUUAGUUAAUAUUGCCGAAUCAAAUAUAACAUUCAACAGAUUGCAGAAUAUAUUACUUUUAGAAGAGUACACAUGCCAUAUAUCAAAACCAAUUGUAAAAUCACAAGCUGUAGCCAUUGCUAACGGUACAUUCGUUUACGAAAAUUCUACUUUGUGCGCUAAAAAAUUAAAAAAUAUUAGAAAAAAAAAAAAAAUUGUAUCAUAUUUAAAAAGCAAAGUUGAAUUGGAAAAACUUAAUGAAUUGUCCCAAGAAACUGAAUAUGUUGAAGUACUUUCAACUAUUAAGUUCGGAGUAGCAAAAGGUGGAUUAAUAGGAAUUUGUGGACAUGUAGGAAGUGGAAAAUCUAGUCUUUUGCUUGCUGCUUUAGGACAAUUAAAAAUGAUAAACGGUUGUAUUUUGAGAGAAGGUUCUUGCGCUUAUGUUAGUCAACAGGCGUGGAUUGUUAAUGCAACUUUCAAAGAAAAUAUAUUGUUUGGAAAUCAAUUUGAUGCUAAACGAUAUUAUCAAACAUUAACAGUAUGCAGUUUAAAAGAAGAUUUGAAUAUGUUACCGGGUGGAGACGAAACUGAGAUAGGAGAAAGAGGUAUAAAUCUUUCAGGAGGACAAAAGCAAAGAAUUGCUCUUGCUAGAGCACUUUAUGCUAAUCGAGAUAUAUAUUUUUUGGAUGAUCCAUUAAGUGCAGUAGAUACACAUGUGGGUUCUUAUAUUUUUAAAAAUUUAAUUCUCGGAGCGCUCAAAAAUAAAUGCGUAUUAUUUGUAACACAUCAAAUUCAAUUUUUAAAACACUGUGAUCAAAUACUUGUAAUGCAUAAAGGAAGAAUUGUAGAACAAGGUACACAUGAUGAAUUGAUGCAAUUAAAUAAAGAAUAUGCUACAAUGGUAGAUAGUGCAUUAUUAAAAACGGAUAUCGAUUCAAAAUAUGAAAUUGUGAUACCGAUUCAAACAAAUAAAGAUUCUAAUAAUGAUUCAAAGAGACAAAUAAUAACUUGUAAUACAGAAGAUAAUGAUGAAUAUAUUGAAGCAUCAACAAAAAUACAUGAAAAAGAAGCAAUCCUUACUACUCAAGAAAAGAUGGGAAUGGGUACUGUAAAAUCAUAUAUUUAUCAUAUAUACAUAAAAUCUGCGGGUGGUUAUCUUAUAGCGAUUUUGGUAUUUUUGACACUCUUUUUAAACAUUGGAAGUUUAGCAUUUAGUUCUUGGUGGUUAGCUACAUGGAUUAAAGCUGGUAAUGGGAAUAUUAUUGAUUCCAAUAAUAAUAAAACUAUAUCAUCAAAUAAUUUAAAUGAUAAUCCUAAUUAUUCAUAUUAUCAAAAUAUUUAUAUUGGUUGCAUUGGAAUAAUUUUAUUAACAAGUUUAUUGCGUGGUUUGGUUAUUAUGUAUGCUACAAUAAAUGCUUCGACGACAUUACAUAACAAAGUUUUUAAGAAAAUAAUUAAAACAACAGUAACAUUUUUUGAAACAACUCCUAUUGGAAGAAUACAAAAUAUUUUUAGUCGAGAUAUUGAUGAAGUGGACAAUUAUAUACCAAUUUCUGUAGAAAACAUGAUACAAAAUAUAAUUACUUGCAGUUUUGCAAUUGUGUUUAUAUGUGCAAUAUUACCCUGGUAUUGUUUACCAUUAAUUAUUCUUGCUGCUAUUUUUUUUUAUAUUAGCAGAAUCUUUAGAGUAGCAAUGAGAGAUUUUAAGCGAAUGGAAAAUAUUUCACGAUCUCCUGUUUUAAGUUUCAUUACCACUACCAUUCAUGGUCUAAAUACUAUUCACGCAUUCCAAAAGGAAAAAGCAUUUGUAAACAAAUUCGAGGAAUUAUUUGACUUAAACAAUUUGUGCCUUUAUUUAUGUCAAUCUAUUAUGAGAUGGUCUGCUGUAAGACUUGAUAUUUUGGCAAUUGCUUCUUCUUCUAUUACUACUUUUCUUGUAAUUGCACUUAAAAACCAAAUAUCUCCAGCCCUUGCUGGUUUAGCAAUGGCAUAUGCUAUGCAAAUGACUGGCAUUUUUCAAUACACUGUAAGAUUAAUGGCGGAAAUAGAAACUCGUUUUAUAAGUGUUGAAAGAAUAAGCUAUUACUUGAAGACUUUACAAAAAGAAGAAAUUUCUGAGCAACAUCUCAUAGAUCUUCCAGAUCAAUGGCCUAUUGAUGGAGAAUUAGAAUUUUGUAAAGUCGAAUUAAAAUACAGAAAAGGUUUACCACCUGCAUUAAAUAAUAUUUCAUUUAUUAUUAAACCUGGUGAACAUAUAGGUAUUGUAGGACGAACAGGAGCAGGAAAAAGUUCUUUAAUCAUUGCUUUAUUUCGAUUAAUUGAAAUUUCUGCUGGAAAAAUUAAAAUUGAUGGUAUAGAUAUAGCAAAAAUAAAAUUAAAGUUAUUAAGAACUAAAUUAUCUAUAAUUCCUCAGGAUCCUGUCUUAUUUAAUGGAACUAUACGAUCAAAUUUAGAUCCUUUUAAACAAUUUAGUGAUUCUGAAAUCUGGAGUGUUUUAGAAAAAACUCAAUUGAAAGAAAAAGUACAAGUUAUGCCUGGUCAACUGGAUGCACCUAUUGAAGUUGAAGGAAAAAAUUUAAGUGUAGGCGAGCGACAAUUAUUUUGUCUAUCAAGAGCACUUUUGCGUAGUGCCAAAAUAUUAAUAUUAGAUGAAGCAACAGCUGCUGUUGAUCCAGAAACUGAAAUUGCUGUACAAAAUACAAUUCAAAAUGAAUUUUCAAAUACUACAAUAUUAACCAUAGCUCAUCGUUUGAAGACUGUUAUUUCAUGUGAUCGCAUUAUUGUUAUGAAGAAUGGACAAAUAAUUGAAUUUGAUGCACCAUCUGUACUUUUAUCCAAUUCAAACUCUGAAUUCUCAAAAAUGAUGACUUCAGCAGAAAAGAACAUAAAAGAAAUAUAAUCAAUAUAUCAUUAACAAUAGUAUUAUAUUUAAUAAGUAAAAACAUUAACAAAUUAAGAAAAUAAAAAUAUU